AUGUGGACGCUGUUGUGUUGCCGGUAUCAGGAGGUGCUGGCAGACAAGGAGGUGAUUCUGUCCGCCGGCGCCAUCAACUCCCCGCAGCUGCUUAUGCUGUCCGGCGUGGGACCCCGCGACCACUUGGAGAGCCUGGGAAUCCCCGUAGUGCAGGACCUGCCAGCCGUGGGGCAGAACCUGCAGGACCACCCCGCCAUGGGCGGAAUCACUUUCACCGUCAACGAGUCCGUCACCAUCAUCGACAAGAGGGACGCCCUCAACCCGGUCAACUGGCUCGACUACCUGUUACGUGGCAAAGGGCCUCUCACACUGCCAGGCGGCGCAGAGGCGUUGGCGUUUGUGCGGACGCCGCUGGCGGAGGGCCCGGGCCCCGACGUGGAGCUGGUGAUGGGCGCAGGAGCGCCCUCCGGCGACUCGCUGGGCUUCCUGCGGCGCCUCGUGGGCUGGCGGCGCGGCGCGUGGCGGAGUGUGUGGGGCGCCGCGGCCGGCCGGGGCGCCGACGCCUGGUCCCUGGCCGCCGUGCUGGUGCGGCCGCGCUCCCGCGGCUCCGUGCGCCUGCGCAGCCGCAACCCGCUGCACGCGCCCGUUCUGCGGGCCAACUACUACGACGACGAGCGGGACCUGCAGGCGCUCGUCCACGGCAUCAAAUUUGCGGCGUCGCUGGGGGAGUCGGGCCCGCUGCGUCGCUUCCGCAGCCGGCUGCUGCGAGUGCCGGCGCCGGGCUGCGAGCGGGAGACCUUCGGCUCGGACGGCUACUGGGCGUGCGCGGUGCGCCAGCUGGCCUUCAACCUGCACCACCAGGCGGGCACCUGCGCCAUGGGCGGCGUCGUCGACAGCCGGCUGCGCCUGCUCGGCGUGCGGGGCGCGCGCGUCGUCGACGCCUCCGUCACGCCCACCGUGCCCUCGGGACACACCGCCGCGCCCGUCUACAUGAUCGCCGAGAAGGCCGCCGACAUGAUCAAGCAGGACUGGGGGCAGCCCAUCCAGUAG